AUGAUCAUGACUCUGAAAUAUUGUAUGGCCAGUUUGCCUGUUAUUGUUAUAGCGGAAUUGUUUGCAUAUAAUUGUUAUGGCCAGUAUGGAAAUUGUGAUUUACUUGUUACGCCGUCAUUCUUUCAGCAAGUUGCCUUGUUGACGGUCAUGACUCUAGAAAGGUUUAUUUGACCAGUGAGGCGUAGAUUGCAAAACAGUCUUUUUUUUCUAAAAUCAGUAAAGAUCGGUAAAGUGCCGCGUAAGAGUCUUAUGUGCGCGAAGCGGGCGAGCCUCACAGGCCCGUAGGGCGUGUGAGUAUUUUUAGCGUCUUUCCCCAGUCGCGCUCUCUGUUUUCAGCCUCCUUCCAGACCUUCUGUUUGACUGCUCGGACUGUUUUGCAGUCUAAGUGAGGCGGGUAAGUUCAACGCCUGUGAAACUGAAAGGAAAACGUUUUUGUGGUCUUUAUAAUGAGGUCUGAUUAGAAUUUGUCUCCGCUUAUGGCUCUCCAUAGGUGUUGCAGCUUAAGUGUGAGGAGUUAAAGAAGUCCAUGGACGCCCUCUCCAGGUGCUUGGUGGAUAACCCUCUGGAGAAGAUUCGUCACCGGGCUUCCCGCCUUGUUCCGGAAUUCAAUAGGUUUGAGGCCCUAGACCUCUUAGAAGCUUUAAAGAAUGCGGCUCAAGAUACAAAGCACGAGAAGGUGGGUUAUUUUCGCUUCGCGUUUGACACUCUAGGUGGGAAAGCUUGGCGAUAA